UCCCCCGCCCCUUCCUUCGCCCCGAACUGAACCUCUGCGUGCGUGCGGAUCAGCGUUAGCUACGGUCAAGAUGUCGAUUUUAUUGCAGAUCAGUGUUUUGGUGGUAAAAAUCCUCACCCUGCCGCUGCUGGUGGUGGACCAGCUGGGUUUCGGCCGGUUUUACAAGCGCGUGUUUCCCGCGAUAAUGUACAAGCUUAGCUUCUCCUACAACAGCAAGAUGGACGAGAAGAAGCGCGAGCUGUUCCGCGAGCUGCAGCGCUUCUCCCCGCGCGGAGGAGGGCCGCUGCGUCUGCUGGAGGUGGGCUGCGGCAGCGGGGCCAACUUCCAGCACUACCCCACCGGCACCAGGGUCACCUGCACAGACCCCAACCCCCACUUCCAGAACUACCUGCAGAAGAGCAUGGACAAGAACGACCACCUGGUGUACGAGAAGUUCGUGGUGGCUUCUGGAGAGGACCUGAGGGUCGUGGAGGAUAACUCUGUGGACGUGGUGGUCUGUACACUGGUCAUGUGCUCGUGCCAAAACACCCCCAAGGUUAUCAGGGAGGCAAAGAGAGUCUUGAGACCGGGUGGAGCAUUCUUCUUUUUAGAGCAUGUGUCAGCAGACCCCUCGACCUGGACAUACUUCCUUCAGCAUGUUUUCCAGCCCUUGAUGUACUAUUUUUUGGAUGGUUGUGAUCCCACACGUGCUACAUGGAAGCACCUGGAGGCAGCUGGUUUCUCUGACUUGCAGUUUUGCCACUUCAGAGCACCCUUUGCUGCUGUCUUCAGUCCACACAUCGUCGGCUACGCUGUGAAAUAAUGUCAGCCCAGUCAGACCCAUUGGACACGUUGGAUUUAUAUAUUUUUUUUUAUCCCAAAUAUUUGGCUUUUGUAAGACCAUUUAUUUAGCCUCAGUGCACUUACAAAAAAUGUUUAUAAAUUGCUUCUUAAGAUUUUAUACAUUUAAUAUGAGGAUGUCCGUGUGACUGACAUGUAAAUCUGCUGCUGAGGUAUACUAUUUGAAUAGAUUUGUGAAAAAGUCAUUCCCUUUAGGGCCUUGCAAGAAAUACAAAUUCAAGGUUUCUAAUGUAUUGCACAAAAGUUUACCCCAUAUUGUGUCUGAAGUGUUUGGGAUAUAAAGAAAGCACAGCACUGCCAUCUAGGGCCCAGCCGGCAAAGUGUGAGUUUUCAUAUACAGGUGCUGGUCAACGAAUUAGAAUAAUUUGAAAUAGUGCAAUCAUGAAAUUCUUUGAAUGCAUUUUUUGUGCAGAAAGCAAAUCAGGUGUUCACCGCACCUGUCCUACUCGUUAGACUAAUCACAGAACUCGUUACCUGGAAAAAAAUUUGCUCAGCUGAGCUUUCCAAAAGGCCCAUUUAGGCCAUUUAACUGUGACACUGUUGUUUUAUUGAAUUAGAAUAAUGGAGAAACCGUUUCAUUGAAUUAGAAUAAAUGCUCGAAUUUUUGUUUUCUGUGAAGAGUGUUCACUGUGCAGUAUAAAGUCAGGGUUGAGUAGAAUUUCUAAGUUGUAAAAUCAAUCAUGGGUAAGCAGCGCGACCUCUCAACCGGAAUAGUGGCUCAAAUUCAAGCCCUUCGCCAACAAGGCUUGACCCAAACUAAAAUUGCUGAGCAGCUCGGCAUCAGCCAGUCUUCCGUCUGCAAAGCUCUCAAGAAAAACUGCAGCAAGUGCACCAACUGUUCCGGCGUCCGAAAAACUUCUGCUCGCGACAACAAGCAGCUGAGAAAGAUCGCAGUCAGCAACCGGUUCAAGUCCACUUCCGAGCUCACCGACUUGUGGAACAAGCAGACCGGCGCUGACGUCUCCAGAUCAACCACUUACCGUCGUCUGCGCGAACUCGGCUUCAAAUCUCGCGUUCCAGCAGUAAAACCGAUGCUGAACAAGAAACAAAUGGAGAAACGGCUGAAGUGGGCCAAAGAACACGGCGAGUGGACUGCUGAAGACUGGCAGAAAGUGGUCUUCAGUGACGAAUCACGCUUCUGCAUCUCCUUCGGUGACCAAGGUCCUCGUGUCUGGCGUCGUGGUGGCGAAACCUACAACCACGAGUGCGUGAAAAGAUCCGUCAAGUUUCCCCAAAGCGUUAUGGUCUGGGGAUGCAUGUCCGCUCGAGGUGUAGUUAAACUCUGCUUCCUCAAGAAGACUGUCAAUGCUGCCGUAUAUCAAGAUGUUCUGGAAACGUUCCUGAUUCCGACUGUUGAGGAACAGUUUGGCGAAGAAGACUUCAUAUUUCAACAGGAUCUUGCACCGGCUCAUGUGGCAAAGUCGACCAAAGAUUGGUUCACUAAAAAACAGCUUGAAGUUUUGCCAUGGCCGGCCAACUCACCUGACCUCAAUGUCAUUGAAAACCUUUGGGCCAUCGUCAAGCGGAAAAUUCGCGACAGAAAGCCUACUACGCUGGACCAACUGAAGCAGAACAUCGCCACUGCCUGGGAAGCUGUGAGUGCGGAAACUUGCAACAAGCUGGUCAAAUCGAUGCCGCGGAGACUUCAGGCAGUCAUACAAGCCAAGGGGGCAGCCACAAAAUACUGAGAAAGUGAUGAUUGUAAUUAUAAUAAAAAUUAUUCUAAUUCAAUGAAACGGUUUCUCCAUUAUUCAAUAAAACAACAGUGUCACAGUUAAAUGGCCUAAAUGGGCCUUUUGGAAAGCUCAGCUGAGCAAAAUAAUAAUAUACAAAACAUGCUUAAUAUUCAACAUAAGCAGAGAUGGCCUUAAAUUACAUAAAUUGCCUUAUAAACACAAAAACAGCACAAAUUUUAUAAAAUCCCGCUAAAACUAGAAACUAGAAUAUUAGAUGAUACAGUGUAUCAAUAGAUCCUUGUUAGUAUGUACUUAGGUUGUAAAAAUAAAAUAAAAAAGAUACUGGGAUUUGAAUCCAAUAAA